AUGCGCUUUAAUACUGCCCUUCUCGCGGUGACCGCUGCCGGCACUGCCGUUGCUGAUCGUCCAGCCAAUGAGUCCAUUUGUGACUACUAUACCACGGCCUUGCUGAAGGAGAACAACGCUACCAACCAGUACACCCUCUUGACUCUGUUGGUCAACACUGCCGUCAUCGGUAACUACACGCAACCCAACGUGGGUGUCAUGGUUCCUGGUAUCCUGAACCCCAAUGGCACGUACAACAACACCAAGGUCAACUUGGUUCCCUACUUCGAUGGAGGUCUUGCUUCUACCAACGAUGGUGGUAACAUGGGCGUUGCUAAGAACUUCCUUGAUGGUGGUGGUGCUGCUCCUCUGAUGAAGAACAUGCCCGCUGAUGACACAACCUCUAACCAAUACAAGCUAUUGACUCACCUCUACCAGUUCUUCGGCAGCCUCCUCGGGUGCUCUGAGGUUGGCAUGACCGGUUUUGCGGCUUAUGCUGGAGAUGCUAGCAUGUACGAGGUGCACAAGUUUAUGGUCCUCGACCCUCUCCAGAUGGGCUACUUCAUCGAGCAGGUCGCUCUGUCCGCUGCCUCCUUCGGAGUCGCCACGUCUGAUAUCGAGGCAGUCGGCCAAGCUCUGGGCUCCCUCUUUAACUACCGCUGUGCCCCCAAAACCACCGUCAUCAAGGCCCAGGGUCCCCAGUACCAGAGCGUAUGCACUGACGAGUCUUGCCCGCUCGCUGAUAAUGCAACCUGUGCUGCUCAACCCUCCAUGUCUCAGCCCCUCGUUGCCAACGCCACUCUCGCCGACGGUGAGGGCCGCAUGCCCUCCGGCUCGGCGACUAUGUCUAUGUCUGGGGGUUCCACUGGCACGGCUACCAUGUCCGGGGGUGCUUCUGGGACUGCCUCUGGCGCUUCCUCUCCAAGUUCUACCUUUAACGCUGCCUCACAUGCAGCUCCUGGGCUUACCGGUGUGUUUGCGGCGCUCGUGGCUUUCCUCGCACUCUAG